UAAAACGACAUCGUUUACAUUCUCUAAUCUCUACUCUCUAGGGUUCGAUAAUUAAAUCGUGAGCUGUGAAGAAAACGAGUAUUCUUCUUCUCCUUCAUUCAGAAUCGUUUCCUUUGCGAUUAACUAGAACCGAUCUCAUGGCACCACCACCAGGACCUUAUUCCGGUACCAGCACUCUAGCUUUGGUCGCUAGAGCUUCUGCUUUCUCCUUCGGCAUUGUUUAUGGAUCCAUUAAGCUCAAAUAUCUUAAGUCAAAAGCGAAGUCUCACCAGAAAGCUGAGGCCAAGGCUCACUGAAACCAGUGACAUGGAUGGAGCAGAAUACUCAAAUAAUUCAUGACGUGGAACUGUACCAUGUGCUCUCCCAAUUUUUUUUUCUUCUGAUUUAAGAUUUGGUUAAUCAUAAGCAUUGAGUUUAGUGCAUUGUGAAAAUGUUCAAAUCAUGAUAAUUUUGCCUUGUUUUGAUAGUUAUCUUGUCUCAUUUUGAGUUUCCAGUUGAUAUUGCACGGGCCUGCUAUAUACUGUUUUGUCAUUUGCAUCUA